UGAGUAUUCGUUUGAGCCUCUUAUAAAAAAAAUUACAUCACAUUUCCUGGGAAUCCCUAAACUAUAAACUAAAACAGUUGGACGAAAUACGCCUUCAUUGUGAGAAAGAAGUUUGUGCUUUAGACAGUUUUUCGCUGCAGAGAAAGGUAAAAGAAAAUAUAAUGUUCACCCAUGCCGGAAAUAUUUGUUCUCAAAAUUUGACAGAAUCAUCCUGUCAAACAGGUGUUCAUUUUUGCGCACUUUUGUCAAUGAUUUUAUCAUUGUACAAAAGUACCAACUAUAAAAAAGAAAAUAAUAAUGAACUUAACAAUACGGAUUAUGAUUUUAUAAUAGUUGGAGGAGGAACAGCAGGAUCUGUUUUAGCAAGUAGACUUUCUGAAAUACGUGACUGGAAUAUUUUAUUACUAGAAGCUGGUUUGGAAGAACCGCAAAUUACCGAAGUUCCCGCCUUCAGUUCUGCCUUAUGGGGUAGUAACUUGGAUUGGAACUAUGUAUCCCAACCGGAAGAUAAAGCAUGUGGAUCAAGAGGAGGACGUUGUCUAUUAUCUCUUGGAAAGGUGCUGGGUGGUUCUAGUGCCAUUAAUAUGAUGAAAUAUGUCAGAGGACAUAAAACAGAUUAUGAUUCAUGGGAAGAGUUGGGAAACACUGCUUGGGGUUAUAAAGAUGUACUCCAUUAUUUUAAGAAAUCGGAAAAUAACACAAACAACAAGACAACGAAUUCACAGUAUCAUAAUUCCGGAGGUUAUUUAACUGUUGAAAAUAGUCCCUAUUUGGAUGCAAAUAUUCAGUCAGUUUUUCAAGCCCUUAUGGAAAUGAAUUUCACAAACGUUGAUGUCAACGGCGAGGAACAAUUAGGAGCAACAAUUUUGCAGACUACGACAAAAGGUGGAAUUCGACAAAGUACAAAUACUGCUUUUCUAAAACCAAUAAGAUUAACGAGAAAGAAUUUAAAAAUAUUAACAAACGUUCACGUAGUAAAACUUAUAAUUGACGAAAAUAAGAAUAUAACGGGAGUUAUAUAUAAAGACAAUGAGGGGAAAUUAAAUAGAGUUUUUUCUAAAAAAGAAACUAUACUGUCGGCUGGAGUAUUUAAUACACCAAAGAUUUUAUUGCUUUCUGGAAUAGGAGAAAAAGAGGAAUUAGAAAAACAUCAAAUUGAUGUAAUUGUUGAUUUGCCAGGUGUUGGGAAAAAUUUACAAGAUCACGUCAGACUUAAUGCUUUAUAUUUCCAAUUACCAGGGGAAUUAUCGAGGGAAAAAUCCUUAAUGAAUAAGAAAGAAGAUUUAGCUAGGUAUUUUAAUGAGCGUCAAGGACCCUUAACAUCUAUAGGUUUGAAUUUGGUUUGUGCCUUUGCGCAAACUAAAUACGAAAAAAGAUUAAAAGUGCCGGAUGUAAAAUUUGUAUUUUCUGGAACACUUACCGAGCGUUUAUUCAAUGAAUCAAUUUGUAAAUCGCCGCAAAUAUUAACCUAUUACGAUGCUUUUAGUUUAAAUAUAGAACUCCAAGCUCCAGAAAGUAGAGGCUUUUUACAACUAAAUAGUACAGAUCCAGUUUGGGGGGCUCCCGAAAUUAAUUUAAAUUAUUUUAAUAAUUCUAAAGAUCUAGACCUUCUAAUGGAGGCAAUUAGGAUAGGUAUGAAAAUUAAUACAACAAAAAUAGUUGAGAGUCGUAAAUUUCAAUUAUUUCAACGUCCCGGUUGUGAAGAAUGGAAUUUUAACACAUACGAUUAUUGGAUGUGUUAUAUAAAAAAAUAUGCCGAUGCAGGAUACCAUUUUGUAGGUACUUGUAAAAUGGGUCCUAAAAAUGAUUCGAAUGCGGUUGUUGAUCCUAGAUUGCGGGUCUACGGAGUCGAAAGAUUAAGAGUAGUAGACGCUUCAAUUAUGCCCAUAAUCCCAAGGGGAAAUACAAAUGCCCCAACAAUUAUGAUAGCCGAAAAGGCUGCCGAUAUGAUAAAGGAAGAUUGGAUGAGUAAGUAAACAUAUGUUUACAACUUUUUAUAGGUUUUUUUUACCAUAUGUUCCGAACCUUUUUGAGAAAACCUCAAUUCUUAAAAAUGAUAGCAUAAAUCCAUUCCUUGCAAAAAUAAUAACAUGAACCUUAAUUUUGUUAAAGGCAAGGAUAAAAAUGUAAAAUCUAAAAAUACCAAUACUGUUUAUAAAAUUGUGAGAAUUGCUCUUUUGAUUGGAACAAUUCUAUAAUAUUAGAUAGAGAAACCAACUACAAAAAACGUUUGAUAUAAGAAAUGAUCCACAUUAAUUUACAAGAAAAACCCGAUUAAUAAAAAGGAAGAUGUACAAAAUCUUAAAAAUUGCUAUAAUCAAUAUAACUAUUUGUAACUAAUUUUCAUGUUUUCUAAGAAUGUAUUUUGAUUUAAUUAUAUUUUUUAAAAAAUAAACUGUAGUUUCUGUGGAGGGCAUCCGAAGAAAUUUUUGUUCUUUUAUUUACAUAUUUACUGACUCGGAAUGAUCGUUAAAUUCAAUGCUUUAUCAAAUAAUUAAAACAACCGAGUGAUAAAAUCAAAUAUUUUUUAUAACUGCGAAUAACAGAAAAAAUAUUCCAUUUUGUAUUUUAAACUACGUAAAGUAUUAGAAUUAAGUCAGGGCCAUUUUCAUCUACAGAUACCUGCACCGACAUUUAUCGACUAGUUUUUAUCAGAACUCUGGAUCUGUACUGUAAAUUUGAUGUAAUCAAAAUCACAUGUCAAUUAAUAUUAAUAAAUGCUGUAAUCUCAUUCUCCA